UCCGUCGCCGUCAACAGUUUUUUUCUUAAUUCAACACCGACGACAUCCAAACUACCUUAUUUAAUUCAAUACCAGCAAGACUGAAGAACAGUAAAUAAAAACCCUACCCUUAUCUCCAUUUCCAUUAUGAAUCCACCAGCUAUCAUUAGUAAUAUUUACACAGAAGUCGAAUUGGCUAUGGAUUUUAGUUAGGGUUCUUGUCACUGUAGGAAGCUCAUGGAAAUGAAAAUGGCGAUCUUUAUUGAGCUUCCGCUGCUGCUGCUGCUGCUAUUUUCUUGUCCCCUGCUUCGACUCGGAGCUUCCAAUCCAGGCUUUAAUCAGUCGGUCGAUGUGUAUUUAACUGCAUCUUCUGAGAACCAAUCUCGUGCACAAGCUUUGUGCCCUUCUGGCUGGAUUAGCAAUCCUAGCAAUACAAAGUGUUUUAAAUAUAUUUCAAUCAAUCAAUCAUGGGAUCAGUCAGAGACCCACUGCAAAGCUGACAAUGGACACCUGGCAGCUGCGGCCUCUUUGCAAGAACUCAGUUUUAUCCAGAAGUUAUGCAGUGAGAAUGUAAAUGGAUGCUGGGUUGGUGGGAGAGGCAUCAAUGGUACAGCGGGUUUGGGUUGGAAAUGGUCUGGUGAUAUAUUUUGGGAUAGAUCUAUCACCCCUAGUAUGCCAAACCAUUUAGGUUGCUCCAAUCUGUCUUGCUAUGGUGGAAAUCUAACAGAAAUGUGCACAUUAAUGAUCAACAGUACUAAUUCUCUUAUGGCUCAGAGAUGUAAUUUGUCACAUGCCUUCAUAUGCAUGCUUGACGUAGAGAACAAAUGUCAUCAUAUGCACUGCCACAGGGAAUAUCUUGUCAUUCUUGCUGUUGUGAGUGGCUUGAUACUCUGCAGUACUCUAGCUGUUGUGAUAUGGCUCCUUGUGUAUAGACGUAAUAAAAGGCGUAAAAGAUCUCGCAAGCUAUCCAAUCCAGCUGAAUUGGCAUUAGUUCUGCCCUCAUGGAAAGUUUUUACGCGUGAGGAACUGAAGUCAAUUACAAAGAAUUUCAGUGAAGGAAACCGUCUUCUUGGGGAUGCCAAAACAGGGGGCACGUAUAGUGGCCUUUUGCUAGAUGGAUCAAGGGUGGCAGUUAAAAGGCUGAAGAGAUCUAGCUUUCAGAGGAAAAAAGAGUUCUAUUCUGAGAUUGGAAGGGUUGCAAGACUCCAUCAUCCAAAUCUGGUUGCUAUUAAAGGGUGUUGCUAUGAUCAUGGUGAUCGUUACAUUGUAUACGAGUUUAUUGUGAAUGGACCUUUAGAUAGAUGGCUACAUCAUAUUCCUAGAGGGGCUAGGAGUUUGGAUUGGGCCAUGAGAAUGAAAGUUGCCAUGACUCUUGCCCAAGGGAUAGCGUUCCUCCACGACAAGGUUAAGCCACAAGUUGUGCAUCAUGAUGUCCGGGCAAGUAAUGUUCUUCUUGAUGAAGACUUCGGUGCCCAUCUAAUGGGAGUUGGCCUAUCAAAGUUUGUUCCUUGGGAAGUGAUGCAUGAAAGGAGGGUCAUGGCCGGUGGCACUCAUGGAUAUCUUGCUCCAGAGUUUGUCUAUAGAAAUGAGCUUACAACGAAGAGUGAUGUAUACAGCUUUGGGGUGCUUUUACUUGAAAUCAUCAGUGGACGUAGACCAGCACAAGCUGUUGAUUCAGUAGGUUGGCAAAGCAUAUUUGAGUGGGCUACACCACUGGUGCAAGCUCAUCGCUAUCUUGAGCUUUUGGAUCCUCUUAUAACAUCGUCCUCUUCUUCUCAAAUCCCCGAAGUUGGAACUGUCCAGAAAGUGGUGGACCUUGUGUACUCUUGCACGCAGCAUGUCCCGUCCAUGCGUCCUAGAAUGUCUCAUGUUGUCCACCAGCUGCAGCAGUUAGCACAGCCUCCAGCAGCUAAAUAAGUUAAAUCGUUUUGGAACUCUGGUAUUUAUUUUGAGAGGCUAAUACUGAUAACCCUUGCCCCCAAUAAUAUUUUUUAGGCUAGAUCUACUAAUGUAUCUCAGCUAUUUACUAUGAAAAAAUGUUUCUCAUAUUUGUAGUCUCGUUUCCUAGUAUUCACUGCUUAUCAGUAACUUUGAACAAUUGUCCUGGACUACGAACAAGUAUACCCUGUAAUCAUUGUUAGAUGUGGCUUAUCUAAUCAUUCUGGGUGAUACAAUCGUUACGUUA